GGAUUGUCGAAUAUUACGUAGAGUCGAACGGCUGCGCAGUGCGGAGGAAAUCGUAGCAGUAAACAUAGGCACAGUUGGUCAGGGUGAAGAAGAUUAAACACCUCGGGUAAAUAAACGAAAGUUAAGUGACAACCGGGGGCGGCGGGGACGUGCAGAUAAUGGGAAAGAAGGAGUGUGGCCGUUCCAAUGCUGUGAGCCUCAACUGCCCCCAAACGCUGGCCUUUUCUCCUCGGACCAGACGGAUAUAGCUAGCUGGUUAGCUAGCAGGCUAGCUAACGACGACAGACGACUCGCCGUCGUCGUGCGCACAGAGAAAAUGGUGUACCUAAUUAAUCCUCUGGAGAAUCUGAAGACUUACAUCAGUAACCGUCCGCCAUUGGUAAUCUUUAUGGUCAGUGUCAGCACCGUGGCCAUCGCCUUUCUCACCAUCGGAUACUUUUUCAAGAUCAAGGAGAUCAAAUCCCCUGAAAUGACAGAGGACUGGAACACCUUCCUGCUGCGCUUCAACGAGCUGGACUUCUGCAUCUCAGAGAAUGAGACCCUGAAGCACGGCCUGAACGAGUCCACCACCCCCGAAAGCACGGUGACCAGUGGCCAGGCGCGGGUCAGCACGCAGGCCCCUCCGCUGCUGGAAGACCCCGGGCCCAUAAACAUCUCUGUCCCCAUAACCCUCACCCUGGACCCCCUGAGGCCUUUCGGUGGCUACUCCCGCAACAUCACCCACCUGUACGCCACAGUGCUGGGCCAGCAAGUGGGCCUGGCAGGGCGGGAAGCGCAUGAGGAGGUGAACAUUACUUUCACUCUCCCUGCGUCCUGGAACUCGGACGACUGCGUCCUGCACGGCCACUGUGAGCAGGUGGUGUUCAGCACCUGUAUGACCAUCACCGCUGCCAGCAACGUCUUCCCUGUCACAGUGCAGCCGCCCCACUGCGUUCCUGAGACUUACACCAAUGCCACGUCCUGGUACAAGAUCUUCACCACCGCCAGGGACUCGGACACCAAAUACACACAGGAGUACAACCCCUUCUGGUGUUACAAAGGAGCCAUCGGGAAGGUGUACCACGCGCUCAACCCCAAGCUCACAGUCAUCGUUCCUGAUGAUGAUCGCUCGCUGAUAAACCUGCACCUCAUGCACACCAGCUACUUCCUGUUUGUGAUGGUGAUCACAAUGUUCUGCUAUGCAGUCAUCAAGGGACGGCCAGGCAAAGUACGGCAAAACAACGCUGACUUCUGCCCUGAAAAGGUGGCCUUGUCAGAAGGAUAAGGGGCAUUAAAGAUCAAUAACUUAACUGAACCUUAAAUGCUAAGGAAAAACAAAACAAGAACUGAUUUUACUAGUUGCCUACUGAACCCAGAAAAGGGUGCAAAGCUCUGUGAAUGCAUUUCUCUGCAAUGUUGGGUCACUCCAACCAAAGACAUUUUAAGUGCCUGUAUCUACUGUGUAAAUAUUUGUAGGAUUCUUUAACUCAGUACAGAAGCAGUCAGCCUGAGCCCUCGUGCCAUCCGUGAUGAAGCCUGACGCAAUAUAGGAGAAAGCCGAGGAUGCUGCAAGGGGACGAAUGGGAAUUGCACUUGAACCUAGUAUCAACCUUGUCGCAUUGUCGCCCGCAUCCAACAUCUGAAUUCGCAUCCUCCAAUCUCGGAGACUCCCGCUCCUGCCUGGCGCCAUGUCUUGUGCUAAUUGCAAAGCCGCCUUUGGAUUUCUCGAAGACGACUGCUUGAAUUUAUGCGGUCACACUCGGCUCAGAAUUUUCCUCAACCUGUACCCUCUAUCCCUCUUCCUCCCCAAGUGUCUUCAUGGUCAUUUGCUCUGUUUUUUUUUUUUUUUUUUUACUUCCGUCCCCCUUGGUUUGUCGAAAGCGCUAUAUUGGUCCGCCUCUAGUCACCGUUUGAAAAAAGACAGCAGGCUGAGCUGAAGAAUCCAAGAUGUCUGAGGCCUGACCCCACCAGUCUGUGGAAGCUGUUUUUCAGCAUGCUGAGAAGCCUAGGCUUAGGGCCUAACUCACUCAGACCUGUACUUUGAGCAGAAGGCUGGCUGGCUUGUUGUGAGAUUGGCCCCCCUGCACGACCAAGAGAAACACACUGACCCUGUCUGGCCUCUUAACCUUUCCGCUCCGUUCUGACUCCCCCAAUGGAAGAUCUACCUGGAAAAUCACUAUUAUAGGUCCACACUCCCGAGCGCUGUCAGAAUACAGCCACGCACUUGUCCCUAACUUCAUUUCCCUCACUUGCGCGUUCUUCCAAACAACUGUGUGCUGUGCAAAUUCAAGCUUGUGUGGCGGAACUGUUAACACACCUUUUGUGGAAAAGAAUGCAGGACAUGAACUGUACAUUUGCGUUUCCAUGUGUGAGCACACUAAUGCCUGGUUGGGAGUUGAAAGCGUAUUUCAUUGUUGAUUCUGUUCUUGGUGUUUGGUAUCAUUUUUAUUUUCUUUUUUUUUUUCCCGAAUCUUUUUCCUCCUUUCAUGAUUGGGUUUGUGUUUGACCCUGGUGAAGUGUAUUGUGUAUGAAGAAUGAAAAGAAUGAAACAGUUCACUGGUAAUGAUUGAUCAGUUUUGAUUUUACCUCCUUUUUGUUUUUACAGGUAUACUUACUGAAUUGAAUGUAUGCUUUUUUUUCCAAGAUACAGCAACAUUGCUUUGCUGCAGUGUAAACCAUUCUUAUGGGCAAAGUUUGUUAAUCAGAAGUGUAUUAUUUCCAGUUAUUUCCAAUCAGCGUGAAAUGAGAUGUAAUAUUUUAAUUAUUUGAUUAUGCUUGAGUUUCUUUUUUUAAUUUUGGGAAGCGAUUGUCUUGUUUGUUUUUAAGCAUUGAUGUACAGCACAUCAUGUCAUCCGAUUGUUUCUUGCACCAGUUAACUCGCUUUCUUUCAUACAACCAGGUUUUUUUUUUCCCAGUCAUUUCCUUGUGAGCCUCACAGCAAUGACACAUCCCUACCUUUUGGAUUUCAGUUAAAAAUGAAUUUGAUUUCUGUCCCGCUGUCUGAAAGAAAAAUGAAUUCUUGCAGUAAAAAUGCAUCAGGUCCUCCUUUAGAAGUAGACAUUUGUCUGCAGACAGACCGUGUAGGUUUUCCACUAAAUCGAUAUCUUCUUUGGUGCUGGGAUGAUUUGUGCCCUGCUAUAAGUUUUGAAUGAGCGUUAUCUGGGGGACAUAUUAAAAAAUGCAGUGUUUCCUGGUUUCAUUCUGCUGGUUCCCCAUCCUGUUUGUGUCAUAUCACCAUGGAGAUAUCAGUUUUUGGAUCCACCCAUCCUUGGCCCAGAGUUAGUAGUCUGGAUAACAGAUAAUCUUGAAAAACCAAUAUAUUUUACUUGCUAGCAGUUCUGUCUUUUUAGGAAUUCAUAUUCGCAACAGUCUUGUGGAAUAAAAAGCAGCUGUAGUUCAGAAAUGGCAAUGCGUCCUUUACAUGUAAGAGUAUGAGCAGUAUCAAGUAUUCAUAAAGCAAACAAAGAUGCUUUGAAGGAGGUGAAAGCCAAAUGAUUCCUUCUCAUGCUUUCAGUUAAUCAGACAGAUCAUUUACAUGCUAGCUAACCACCUGCAGACCGUUUGGCCUUUGUGCUGGUUUGUCUUGCAUCUCAGAUUAGACCUCUUGUUUUAGCUUGUCUGUUUAGUUUCAAUGGCCAUAUUACAGUUGCCUUAAUAUAGCUAAAUUUAUUUUUUUAAGAGCACUGUUAUUUACUUACUGUCUUUCCCUUCCCUGUUAAUUUUGUUUUGAUGUGAUUAUUGUGAAACCAAUUCUGUUAUACUGUGCAUUAAUUUAGGUGGACCAAAACAGAGAGUGUUCACUUGUCUUUCUGUGGUUUACACAUGCUAGAGCUGGACAGACUCUGUUCCCAUACAUCACCUUUGCCGUUCAGAACCAUCGGGGCCAGACAUCUGCCGAUGGUACAUAUCAGAGUUAAUUUGCCCAAGGCAUCCCUGGGUCCUCUCUAGUCAUAUCCAUUAAUGUGUUAGCCAAACCUUGGGCCUUUGGUCUGGUGUGUGUAUUAGCCAUAGGAUAGAUGAGUGUAAUCUGUCUCAUCAGGAAAUCUGUCUGCUUCAGGAUGGUUGCUUAUAUGGAGGCAAUGAAAAUGAAUUGAGAAGUGAGACUGGCACACACAUUCCAAUUUAUUACAGUGUCCUUAUCCAUGCCCUCAUUAAAACUAUAUCUCUGAGCCAUUGCAGAUGUUUAGACUUUAAAAACAGACCCUUACAUUCUGAGUAAUUAAUUAGAUCAUUGACAGCUGAAACAGUAGGACUGUAACUUACACACAUGUAUGCGUGAUGAACAGAAGUUCAACAGCGUUCAUCUUGUGUAGAACUGGAGGACAUAAAUUAUUCAUGUAUUUCUGUCAUAAACUGACAUUGUAACAUUGUAACUCUUUUGAACAGGGUAACUGUUGGCCACAAUUUGCCCUUUGUUUCUUCGAGCGACCCAUUAAUUCUGUGCCUUGUGCACUGACCACCUGUGUCAACCCUGUAAAUAGCUCUUGCAUUUAGGAAUGCAAUGACGAAGGUCACUUAAAGUGACCAAAAUGUGACUUUCUUUCGUAAAACAGCUGUAAAUUCUCUAAGCUGAAAUAAACAUGUCCUCUGUUAUUGUACCUUGUAUGUGUUCAGAUCCACAUUUCCUGAUAUUGUUCUUAUAAGUGAAAUUUCUCUCCACAGCUCAAUAGAAAGAGCAACAUACAUGCAGUGCUUUGCAAUUUUUCUACAAUUUAUGAUUGCCACUCUAGUCUUGUCACACACAUUGGUUAUUGUUUAAUGAAUCUGUGGAAGAAUGCUUGCAAAAGCUGAUGACUACUUUGAAAGUAAUGCAUCUGUGCAGGUGGCCAUUUUGCAAAGCAGUAUCUACAGUAACCAUUUGUCUUAAGUCUUAAUUUAGCAUCACUGUUGUUUAUUAUACUGAGGUGGGAACAUUUGCCACAGUGAGAUACCAGUAUACACAGGGCACUCAUAUUUUAAUGCAGAUAUUCCAAAGUGCAAAGUUACCAGUAGAAGCAUAUUUUUCCCUGCCUGAAAUUUAAAAAAUUGUUUUGCAGCCAGGAUUGUUCUGUAGGACUGAAUUGCUGCGUAAUGACAAGUCUUAUAAUUAGGUCCAUUUUGACAAAUUGUUAUUGAGCCACAAUAACUCCCCUGUUUAAAAAGUACAUAAUAAAUUAAUAUUUCAGAUGUGCAUGCCAAUCCAAGCCAAAGUAGUCCAUUUUAAAAUCUUGAAUUUCAAAUUGCACAGAUUUAUUAGAAUGCUUAAGAUGUUGAGAAGUAAUAUCCUGCACAUUUUUUUUAAAUCCCCACCUUCAUUCA